GUAUAGGGAUGAGACUUUUGUUUCUUUUUGGUAUGGAAUAACUGGAAUAACAAGCUCAAGUCUGCGGCUGUUAGAGCACCUGAUGACAAUGUGAACAUUUGAUCCAAAUCUGCAACUUAAGAACAAACCUACAUACCUAGCCUUAUUCUUUCCUGUCACCCCUGUGCUACUGAGGCCAACAUUGGCUUGCCCUUGCUGCUGGUUACUUUGUCUGGAAUUAAUCAUGGCUGACGACUCUCAGAGAAACUUUCGCUCAGUGUAUUAUGAAAAAGUGGGGUUUCGUGGAGUUGAAGAAAAGAAGUCACUGGAAAUUCUGUUAAAAGAUGACCGGUUAGAUAUUGAGAAGCUUUGCACAUUUAGUCAAAGGUUUCCUCUCCCAUCCAUGUAUCGUAUACUGGUGUGGAAAGUCCUUUUAGGAAUUAUUCCUCCUCACCAUGAAUCUCAUGCUUUGGUGAUGAAGUACCGGAAGGAGCAGUACUGGGAUAUACACCAUGCUCUUCGUGUAAUUCGUUUUAUUAAUGAUUCUACCCCACAGGUAGAUGUUUUCCUCCGCAUACAUCAACUGGAAUCAGGAAAAUUGCCUCGAAACUUGGCUUUUCCAUUGGAACCUGAGGAUGAAGUGUUUCUUGCUAUUGCUAAAGCGAUGGAGGAAAUGGUGGAGGAUCCUAUAGAAUGUUAUUGGCUUGUCAGUUGCUUUGUGAAUCAGCUAAACAGCAAGCACAAAGAUUCAUUACAACAACUGCCGAAAAUUCUGGAGCAGUAUUUGAACAUUGAAGAUAGCAGACUCCUGAUGCACCUAAAAGCAUGUGCUGCAAUGAGCAAACUCCCUUAUGAUCUUUGGUUUAAAAAGUGUUUUGCAGGCUGUUUACCUGAGUCCAGUUUACAGAGAGUUUGGGACAAAGUUAUUAGUGGGUCCUGCAAGAUUCUUGUUUUUGUUGCUGUGGAGAUAUUAUUAACCUUUAAAAUGAAGAUAAUAGCACUGAAUACUGCAGAAAAGAUCAUGCAGUUUUUGGAAAAUAUUCCUCAAGAUAACACUGACGCUAUUGUCAGCAAAGCUGUUGAUCUGUGGCGCACGCACUGUGGGACUCCAGCACACUCAGUCUGAGAAGCUUCUUCACUUAUGACAGCUUGGGGAAAAAAAAGAGACAUUUGAAAAGACAUUUUACCACUCUUCCCCCAUCCUAUUGCGAUGUUCUUCGUUACCUCUUCUAUGUAAAGAUGCUAUUAAAGCAGCUAAUAGCAUAGUGAUCAAUACGUAAAUAUUUUUCAAUAAAUACAGAUGGAA